AUGAGAUCUAGAAACCUAAAUUGUUUCAAAUCAUUUUGUAUCCAGUAUAAAAAGAUUAAAAUAUAAGUCACAAAUUAUUAGGAGGAACUAAAGAUUUGGUUUGAUAAACCUGGAUUUUAGUAACUCAGAGAAAAAACUUUCUAGUUGAUAGAAACUUUGAUAACUACUACAACCAAAGAAUCUUAAAAAAAAACAAAAUAAAUCUACAUCUUCUUUUCUAUAGCUACGAUUGAUUAAAUAGAAAGAUUAGAAGAAAAUAUUCUUAAGAUUAAAUUUUGUGAAGCUACCACAAUUAAAUUAAUUGCUUAUCUGGUCAAAUUCAAUACAAUUAGAAAUAGAGAAAAACGCUGCAAUUUAUAACAUUUGGUAUCAUCAAUUACGCAGGAAAAUACAACUAAAAAUUGA